GCCUGCCUGCCACACGUGGUCAACUGAGACUGCCUCCAGCUCUGAGCUGUUUUUCCGCGUUUACUGCACCAGCGAGUUGCCUUCCUACCCCCUCACUAUGUCCGCCUCCAGGAGUUGCCCGAUUCCGGGGGCCUGGGACCAGCUUCCAGACUGCUACAGCACCACGCCAGGGGGCACGCUAUAUGCCACUACUCCGGGAGGCACGAGGAUCAUCUACGACCGAAAGUUCCUGUUGGGGUGCAAGAACUCACCCUUUGCACGGACACCCCCUUGCUGCCUCCCUCAGAUUCCCGGGGUCACAACUCCCCCAACAGCCCCACCCUCCAAGCUGGAGUUGCUGAAGGAACAGGAGGAGACAGAGGAAGAGAUAACCGAUGACGCACAAUUUGAAAUGGACAUGUAAUCCAGUACAAGAUGACCUGUGUAGUUACAAAGGGAUCCCUCCUGCCACUGUUGCCACCACCUCUUCUGGAGUAUCCAAAGCUGGUCUCAUCUAAUCUGGAAGAGUGACUUGUUGGUUCUGGGCUUCCUUUAGUUCUCAGGCAGCUAGACCAAGGAUAGGAAUGGGCAACUUGCCAAGCCCUUAGCUCUCUUUGGUCUAUUCAUAUCCCUCCCAAGCCCUAGCCUUCCCCUCAGGGCUGGCACUGGGGGAUAGAAUGUCACCUUCUGGCUGCUUAGUAAACAUUCAAAAAAA